AUGUUAGCGUAUAUAGGCCCAGUUGGAUGGCUCAAUACGUUAGCGAAUAUAGGCCCAGUUGGAUGGCUCAAGACGUUAGCGAAUAUAGGCCAAGUUGGAUGGCUCAAUACGUUAGCGUAUAUAGGCCCAGUUGGAUGGCUCAAUACGUUAGCGAAUAUAGGCCCAGUUGGAUGGCUCAAGACGUUAGCGAAUAUAGGCCCAGUUGGAUGGCUCAAUACGUUAGCGAAUAAAGGCCCAGUUGGAUGGCUCAAUACGUUAGCGUAUAUAAGCCCAGUUGGAUGGCUCAAUACGUUAGCGUAUAUAGGCCCAGUUGGAUGGCUCCAGACGUUAGCGUAUAUAGGCCCAGUUGGAUGGCUCCAGACGUUAGCGUAUAUAGGCCCAGUUGGAAGGCUCCAGACGUUAGCGUAUAUAGGCCCAGUUGGAUGGCUCAAGACGUUAGCGAGUAUAGGCCCAGUCGGAUGGCUCCAGACGUUAUCGUAUAUAGGCCCAGUCGGAUGGCUCCAGACGUUAUCGUAUAUAGGCCCAGUCGGAUGGCUCCAGAUGUUAUCGAAUAUAGGCCCAGUCGGAUGGCUCCAGACGUUAGCGAAUAUAGGCCCAGUCGGAUGGCUCCAGACGUUAGCGUAUAUAGGCCCAGUCGGAUGGCUCAAGACGUUAGCGUAUAUAGGCCCAGUCGGAUGGCUCAAGACGUUAGCGUAUAUAGGCCCAGUUGGAUGGCUCAAGACGUUAGCGUAUAUAGGCCCAGUUGGAUGGCUCAAGACGUUAGCGUAUAUAGGCCCAGUUGGAUGGCUCAAGACGUUAGCGUAUAUAGGCCCAGUUGGAUGGCUCAAGACGUUAGCGUAUAUAGGCCCAGUUGGAUGGCUCAAGACGCUAGCGUAUAUAGGCCCAGUUGGAUGGCUCAAGACGCUAGCGAAUAUAGGCCCAGUUGGAUGGCUCAAGACGCUAGCGUAUAUAGGCCCAGUUGGAUGGCUCAAGACGCUAGCGAAUAUAGGCCCAGUUGGAUGGCUCAAGACGUUAGCGUAUAUAGGACCAGUUGGAUGGCUCAAGACGUUAGUGAAUAUAGGACCAGUUGGAUGGCUCAAGACGUUAGCGAAUAUAGGACCAGUUGGAUGGCUCAAGACGUUAGCGAAUAUAGGACCAGUUGGAUGGCUCAAGACGUUAGCGAAUAUAGGACCAGUUGGAUGGCUCAAGACGUUAGCGAAUAUAGGACCAGUUGGAUGGCUCAAGACGUUAGCGAAUAUAGGCCAAGUUGGAUGGCUCAAGACGUUAGCGUAUAUAGGCCCAGUUGGAUGGCUCAAGACGUUAGCGUAUAUAGGCCCAGUUGGAUGGCUCAGGACGUUAGCGAAUAUAGGCCCAGUUGGAUGGCUCAGGACGUUAGCUAAUAUAGGCCCAGUUGGAUGA